AUGGUUGAAGAAUCCACGCCCAGGUCACUUAGCCCUACACGAAACAUUGCAGAGGCGCUAAUAAACGCUAUAGCUGAACAGUCUGAGUAUGCUGAGGACCAUCAGAUCACUUGGGACCGGUUUGGCUCGCUCUCGGCGUAUGUGUGUUCCUUCUAUGGCUUCUCCACGAUGUUCCUAGCGUUUAUCCUUAAUAGGACGGCCAUUUUCGCUACGGCUCGGUCAAAUAGCCGGCCUCGUCCUCAGCAGAUCCAUAACAGGGGGUUUUUGGGCGCUACGUCUCGGGAAGACUGGCCAUUUGCUCUUUGCACGAUGCUUCUUCGGUUAUCGGCUGUAGCCGGUUUGGCGUUUGCCAUGCGUAACGUGCUUGUGGUGCUUAGAAUCAUGAAGGAGAAUGCUCAGGACCAGCUGGCGCUUCCGACGCUUGUUCGACUCAUUCCAGACGACUGGUUCUUGUAUGAUCCGGUGAAAUAUGCUACAGAUAAGUAUAUGAGCAUGUCUCCCACUGAGGUUCGGUUUGGGCCUACUUCUAGUAUGCUUUGGCCCGUUUACUUGGCUGCUAGCUAUCUGGAGUUCAUUGAGGUGUUUGUUCUGUCGAUAUCUGGUAAAACGCCGAAGAUAGGUAGAGCCAUUACCAUAUUGGAGCUUUCUGUAUCUCUCCAGGAAGUCAGCUCGGGGUUUUACUUUCUUAGGGAAUAUACUGCCGCAAAAAGACCAACAGAACAGGUUCUUAUGGUCUGUAUGUUCCUGUUGACUGACCAUAUUCUUCAGCAUUUGGGAAGUCUUUUGUAUGGCAGAAAGUAUCGCUUGAUCCCUCUGUCAAUUGUCAGCGUUUUGUUCAUCAGCUACCACUGGCGUUGCCUUAGGAACGGUUCUUGGUUCUACUUCCCUGUUGUGAUCAUUUCAGCCUACACUUCGCUCUUGUUCUUGUGGGCGGUUAUCAUACUGUGUGCAUUGAUCUUUAUUCUUGCAAUUAUCGCCAAGGGCUCGAAGUACGAAGAGCUACAAUUCGCCAGCUACUUUUCAAGCUCAGAAGAAGGCAGCGAGUUCUUCUCCAAACACAUUGGCUGCAGUUUUGACGACGAUUUCUUCCUGUUUUCUCUGAAAUUGAGUCUUUUUGCGAUCACGCUGGCCGGUAGAUCGAGCUACAUCACAGAAUACAACUAUGUUACCGGCGCACAAAGCACAUGGGUCGAGCAGUCUAUCACAGACAAGUUGGUAUCUAUAUUUGGCGCUGGUAGCCUUACUAAAGACGCCGACUCGGUGCGCAGCGGAAAGGUCUUAGCAUACUUGAAGGAGAAUCGCAUGUCUGGCUACGGUAACCUCGUGGAAAAACCUCCGCUUCGCCUUAUUUCGAGAACAAAGGACGAAAAAUUCAAUUUCAAGCUCCAAGGUGCUUGGAAGCAAAGGUGGUACUACUUAAGCGAAUCGGCUGUUCGUUUCUACCAGCUACUCAAAUCGUUGAUUGUCAAUUCCUUUGCAUUUUACCUUGUGCCAAGGCUCUUCCGCAAGUACAUCUUGAGGAGACCAAUUAACCUCUGGGGUAGCAACGACGAAACCGAAGAGGAGUUCCGCAUUCGCCAAAGCAGAGCACCUAAAUUCGUUCAGCCCUUUAUCAAAAAGAGAGAGCCUGUGAAAGAUCCCGCACCUAAAUUUAAUAUCAACGAGGUUCCAGAAGACCAAUUGGUUACACAAUAUUCAUGCAUUCUACAAGAGUACGACCUCGACGAGGAGGACGAAUCGCCUGAUUUCAUCCUCGAGGUCGAAGACGGGCUGGACCUUGAAUCGGACUCCGACUUAGAGUCCGUCGAUCUCACGCAGGGAAUCAUAACUAGGUCCAACCGAGCCGUGACGCAAGCCACACCGUUUACUCUGGCGCUUGGGGAACUUAUCACCUCGGAAAAUUUGCUCGAUAUGCUUCAGGGAGACGCUGAUUUGCUCACGCGGCAUCUAAACUACGACUAUGCCAAAGACGGAAUCAUGACAAGAUCCCGCUACCGGGCACGCAACAAGCCUGGGGUCCACGAAGCGGAAGAGCUUUUGGAUUUGAUCCUUACCAAAAGAGCUAAACAAGAGCACAAAGCGCCUCGCCAAGGAGACAACGAAAUCGACAAGGACGACGAAGACUACGAUUUGGAUGCAAGACUAGCAUGUGUCAUUUUUAACAUGUCAACUAUCGAAACAGUUACCGCCACUGCGACGGCGAUACCGCCGACAGCGGAGUUGUUAGAAGCAGCUUUUAGAAAGUACGUUCUUCGUUAUUUGGACUUACUAGAUCGCGUCCCUGGAGGUGCUGUGCUUUUGCGUUAUAUCAAGUCGUCCUACCGUGACGACCCUAUUCGUUCUUUGAUUGAGUUUUCCUUGGUCAUUUUUGCUGCUACUUACUUCUUCUCUUCCAAGAAGAAGGAGAACAGGUCUGACUUUUUGAAGUUGUCCAAGAGAGAGGUUGAUGAGCUUAUUGAAGAGUGGCAGCCUGCGCCUCUUGUGGAACCAGUCACUGAGGCCGAGAAGUGGAGAGUGGAUGACUUGGUGGUUAAGGGAGAGAACUCUUCCCAUAUUAGUAUUUUGCAGCACCCAGAGAUCCCUCUGGCUGUUAACUUGGCUAGCAGUGACUUCCUUAACCUUAACCCCGACCAGAGAAUGAAGGACGCAGCAAGACACACUAUCAACACUGCAGGUGUUGGUGCUUGUGGUCCUCCAAACUUUUAUGGUACUCAGGAUGCUCAUGUGCGUUUGGAAGAGGACUUGGCUCGUUACUUGAACACUGACAGUGCUAUUCUUUAUGGUCAAGAUCUCGUUACCGCCGGAUCUGUCAUUCCUGCUUUCUUGAAGAGAGGUGACUUGGCAGUGGUUGACAGUGGAGUUAACCAAGCUAUCCAGAAGGCUUUGAUUGUUAGCAGAUGCGACAUUGAGUGGUACAACCAUAACGACAUUGACCAUUUGGAGCAGGUGUUGAACGAGCUUCAGCCUGUGUUGAAGAACCAGAAGCCAUUGCGCAGAAGGUUCAUCAUUACUGAAGGUUUGUUCGCUUACUCCGGUGAGCUUGCCAAGUUGCCUGCCAUUGUUGCUUUGAAGAACAAGUACAAGUACAGAUUGUUCUUGGAUGAGACAAUGUCUAUCGGAACUAUCGGCAAGUUGGGUAGAGGUGUUUGCGAGCACUUUGACAUCGACAGAGAUGAAGUCUCCAUCACCAUUGGCUCGUUGGCUAACACCUUCUCUUCUUCCGGUGGCUUCUGUGCUGGUGUUGAACCUAUGAUUCAGCAUCAGAGAAUCAACUCCAACGCUUAUGUUUUCAGUGCGGCUCUUCCACCAUACUCGGCUAGAGUUGCAUCCGAAGCCAUCAAGUUGAUCUCUGAGGAAGUCACCAGCGACGGUGAGUCUGUGCUUCUCUCAACCUUGCACAAGAACCUUAACUUCACGUAUUUGAAGUUGCAAGACAACUUUGCCAACUCUAAGUAUUUGGAAGUUAGCUCGAGCAAGUGGAGUCCUAUCAUCCACUUGGGUUUCAAAAACGGCUACAGGGAAGCUUUGGAGUUCCCUCAGAUUUACGGUAACAACACGUUGUUGACCACUGGAAAGCCAUCCAAGAAGCAAAACCCAUUCAACGUUAACUAUACUUUAGAGAGCUACAUGUUGCAGAAGAUCAUCAAUACUGUUCUUGCCAAGGACCACGCUUUGCUCAACAGAACCAAGAUCAUCUAUGAGCAAGAGAACUUGCCUGUUAAAAGCCCCAAGUUGUUGAUUCACGUCAACGCUGGUGUAUCCCAGGAGGAGUUGGAGAGUGUGGUCGACGAUUUGCCUUCUAUUGUCGACAACAUUUGCUCCAAGAUUGAGCUGCCCGCUGACUUGGAAAAGUUGUACAAUGAGAUGAUCAGCCAGUGA